AACAUAUUAUCAAGGAAAUUACGAAUGUGGGCCCUAUCUCAUCGAAUAACCCACACAGCUAUAAAUGAUUUGCUUGGGAUCAUACGCGAGACAACGGAAUAUUACGUUCCAAUGGAUGCAAGGACGUUUCUGAAAACUCCCGUGAACGUCAGACAAAAUAUUACCACAGUGGCAGGAGGACAGCUAUGGUACCAAGGGAUCGAAAAGACGCUUCAGUGCCAUUUUAAAAACACGACGCCUACUGUGGACAAAUUUGCUUUAAAUCUCUUCGUAGAUGGGCUUCCGUUACAUAACAGUGGCCCUACGCAAUUAUGGCCAAUAAUGGCGCAGAUUCACGAGCUUCCGGAGGUGCCUGUCUUGGUGCUAGGCAUUUUCUGUGGUUCGUCGAAACCUGACAACGUGGAGGAUUAUCUUCGUCAAUUGGUAGACGACCUUAAUCGUGUUAUGGACCAAGGAGUCACAAUCAACAAAACAAAAAUUGGAAUUGAUCUUCGUGUUAUCAUCGCCGAUUCUCCCGCCCGAGCGUUCAUAAAAGGUGUGGCGAAUUUCAAUGCAGCGAACGGGUGUAUAAAGUGUAAAAUUGUGGGAAAAAAGGACAAAAAAAAACCCACAGAAUGGUAUUUGAAGGAACAGCUGAACCGAGGACAAACAAGGAAUUUAGGCAAGGAGAUUAUGAAAUAA